CCGGGAGGUGGACAGGAUCAACGCUCCUCCAUCCAGUUGAGGAAGACGGGAAGAGAGAGGCACCUUGGUUACCACGGUGCUGCUUCUCAAUCUUCGGUCUUCAUUUUUUUUUUUCCUUUUUUUUUCUUUUCUCACACUGCUCUCUCUCCUCCCCAACAGCAGCAUCUCGCCUCGUCGCCUCCUCCGGACUUCUCCUUUUUCAUAUUCACCAUCAUCAAGGGAAGCUCGACAAGACUCAUCACCCCACGAAUGAUGGCGCUGCCUUUGGGGCCUGGUUCUCUGUCGCCAUGACGAUGCCCUUCAGCCCGCUGACCAGCGACGAGGAGCACCAGAGGAUGCUGGGAAACAGCAGACACCCAUACCCGGGGGCAGAAGAAGAGGAGGAAGAGGAAGAAGAAGAGGAGGAAGAGGAAGUGGAGGAAGAUGAGCGCAAUGAGGACGGUGAGGAGGAGAACGGCGAGCUGGAGGACGAAGAUGUGGUGGAGGUCCGGCGAGGGGGCGGCAGGGGCGAGGGGCCGAGGCAGUUGGGGAAAGGCGCCGGACGAGCUGGAAACCUGGGUCACGCGUCCAAUCCUUACUCAGCCAAUCCCCCGCACCAGCAGCCGGCCAAUCAACAGCAGCGGAGGCAGAAGGAGCGCACAUCCGGCACUGGUCCGCUAUCCCCCGAGGACGCCCACAUCGCCAUGAUGGUGUUCCGCAUCGGCAUUCCGGACAUCAAACAAACGAAAUGUUUGCGCUUCAACCCGGACGCCACCGUGUGGAAGGCCAAGCAGCAGGUGCUGUGCUCGCUCACCGAGUCCCUGCGAGACGUUCUCAACUACGGCCUCUUCCAGCCUGCCACCGACGGCCACGACGCCAAAUUCCUGGAGGAGGAGCGGCUGCUCAAGGAGUACCCGCAGUCCUUUGAGAAAGGGGUGCCCUAUUUGGAGUUCCGAUACAAGACGCGAGUGUACAAGCAAACCAACUUGGAUGAGAAGCAACUGGCCAAACUGCACACCAAGGCCAGUCUGAAGAAAUUUAUGGAUUACAUUCAAACCAAUGGUGUGGACAAGAUGAGUAAAUUCUUGGACAAAGGCCUCGAUCCCAACUACCAGGAUGCCGACACAGGAGAGACGCCGCUGUCGCUGGCGGUUCAGUGCGAGCCGGGCGGCGGUGAGCCCAUCCGGGUGUUGGUGGAGGGAGGCGCCCACAUCGACUUCCGUUCCAAAGAUGGCCUCACGCCACUCCACAAGGCUGUCCGAGGCCACCGCCAUAUUGCCCUCUUGGUCCUGCUGUCUCUGGGCGCCUCCCCGGACUACAAGGACCGUCGGGGUCUCACGCCACUGUACCACACCGUGCUGACAGGGGGUGACACCUCGUGCUGUGAAACGCUGCUCUACCACCACGCCAAGCUGGGCAUCAGGGACGAGAACGGCUGGGACGAAACGCACCAGGCGUGUCAGAACGGCAACUCUCAACACUUGGAGCACCUCCUCUUCUACGGGGCCGACUCCACCUCCCAGAAUGCAUCUGGAAACACUGCCUUGCACAUAUGUGCUUUAUAUAACAAGGAAAGCUCUGCACGAAUUCUGCUCUACCGAGGAGCCAACAAAGAGACAAAGAACAACAGCGGACAAACACCCUUUCAGGUGGCCGUCAUGUCGGGUCAUUUCGAGCUGGGGGAGAUCAUCAAAAACCACCGGGAUGCAGAUGUAGUUCCCUUUGUGGAGUCUCCAAAGUACGCCCCCCAAAGGCGCGAGAGCACGCACACCCUGACGUUGCCUCAUCCACACCCGUUCCUGCGUGCCAACAGUGACAGCAGCAUGAAUUUACCCGACUGGAUGGCCAUGCCCAACUCGCUGAGCACCAACAUCGUCUCUGUGCAGGGAUUCAAACACACAGGAACCAUACGCAGCUCCAGCAGCCCACGAGGGGCCAGGACGCGUUCCCCUUCCCGAGGCAGGAUGGGGGACAAGGAGGACCGAAGCCGGCAGCAGAGUCGCAAACAAGGGCCCACUGCCGCCCCUGCUACCGCAAGCACAGCCAGCACACAGACCGCAGGCCAGCGUCGACGCUUGUACAGCGCCGUGCCGGGACGCGUCUUUGUGGCCACGCGAGCGCAUUCGGCCCAGGGAGAGCGGGAAAUCAGCUUCAGCAAGGGCGACAGGGUCAAAGUGUUGAGCGUGGGUGAAGGCGGCUACUGGGAGGGAACAGUCCGCGGUCGUACCGGCUGGUUCCCCUCUGACUGUGUGGAGGAAGUCUUGCUUCGAAGUCAAGAAGCCAGAUCAGAGAGCCGUGGGGAGCGUGCUAAGCGUUUGUUCCGUCAUUACACAGUGGGAUCCUACGACAGCUUCGAUGCUCCCAGCGACUACAUCAUCAAGGAGAAGACGGUGCUUCUGCAGAAGAAAGACAGCGAGGGCUUCGGAUUUGUGCUACGAGGUGCCAAAGCUCAGACCCCCAUCGAGGAGUUCACCCCGACUCCCGCCUUCCCCGCUCUGCAAUACCUGGAGUCGGUGGACGAGGGCGGCGUGGCCUGGCGGGCCGGUCUCAGAAUGGGCGACUUCCUCAUCGAGGUUAACGGUCAGAACGUGGUGAAGGUGGGUCACCGCCAGGUGGUCAACAUGAUCCGGCAGGGCGGCAACAGUCUGAUGGUCAAGGUUGUCAUGGUGACCCGCAACCCAGACAUGGAGGAGGGCGCCCGCAAGAAAAUCCCGCAGCAAAGCAAGAGGCUGAGCGCACCCGCCAUCGCCCUGCGGUCCAAGUCCAUGACAUCGGAGCUGGAGGAGAUGGUGGAAAGAGCUGCCGCCCCGUGGAAAAAAAAGUCAGAACUGGAAUCCUCCCAAGUGGCUGAGAAGAAGAGGACAGUCUAUCAGAUGGCUCUGAAUAAACUAGAUGAAAUUCUUGCAGCGGCUCAGCAGACAAUCAGCACGAAUGAGGCGUCGGGGCUGCGGGCGCAGGGCCCCAGACGGGACAGGGGACGGACUUUCUAUAGCAACGAGCCAAACUACGCGGACCAGGCAGUGUCAGCGUCUGGCCUGGUUCUGGCCUACGAGCGGGGCCACUACGCCACGCCUCACGCCGCCCCGCACGGGGUGCCCGAGGAAGAGAGGCAGUUCCUGCAUCCUCCGGCUAUGAAGUUUGCCCGCAGUCUAUCAGUGCCUGGCCCGGAUGACAUCCCUCCACCCCCUACCACAGCUCCACCAGACCCUCCCUUUUCAUCUGCACCGCCCCUCGGUUGGCGAGCAAAGACGUCCCAACAGCCUCCCGUCUCUGUGUCGCAGUCCUCGGUCGUUCCCUCAUAUUACCAGCCCUACUCCCAGGCGGUGCACUUAACCCAAGUGGGCCGGGAGAGGGCGGGCGGCUCAGCAGUGGACCAUUCACCUUUCUAUUCCCACGUGGGCGCCCAUACUGUCCAAAGUAGGACAGCUGCGCGUAAGGUUGCCUAUACCGGAGAGCCUAUCGGUGGGGCUGGGGCGGUCAAAGCAGCUGGUCUUCGGAGGGGCUACAGCAGCACCGUACCCCCGUCCAGCAUCGCGACCGUCAUGCCGCAGCAACAACAGACAGGUCAACCCCAACGGGUAGAGCGCAGCGUAACUGGAGCAGGGGGUCCUAAAGGUGUUGCCCGGAGAGGCAAGGGUCCCCUGGUGAAACAAUCCAAGGUGGAGGACCUGCGAGCAGCCCAUGGCACGCAAGGGGGCAAAGUGGAGAAGAGCUCCAUCCCCAUCCCCACCAUCAUCGUCAAGGCCCCGUCCACCAGCAGCAGUGGCCGUAGCAGCCAGGGCAGUAGCGUGGAGGCCGAUACCCCCGCCCCUGGGGAGGCGGAAGAAUCCAAAACUCCCCACGGUCCUCCUCCUCGUACGCCUGCUCCUCAGCCCCCUGCGCCACCCUCCGUCCCCGCACCGCCGCCCCCGUCUCUGCCUUCCAUGCGAGCCCAGGACGGGUUGGACUUCACCAGCCAGUUCGGGGCGGCCGUCGUGGGUGCGGCUCGCCGGGACCGCGAACGCUUUCAUGAAGCCCGCAGGAAGAGUGCCUCCUUGUUUAUGUCCGCAGAUGAGGACAUGGGUUUUGGUAGUGAUGGUGUGGGAGGACUAACGCGGGCUCACCUGUCGCAGCAGCAGCUCAACACGCAAGCUGAAAGUUCGAACUCCAAGCUUCGGCCUUCAAAAUCCAUCGACGAGGGCAUGUUCUCCGGAGACACCUUCAUCCACCACACCCGCAGCAUGCCUCCAGCCUUUGGACUACCAGAGUACUCCUCGCCCACCCUGGACUAUCAGCCCAAGUCUGUUCCUGCUGACUUGUACACCGCUGCAAGCAGACAGCCCACCCCCUCUUCUACUUUCAUUCACCCCCUGACAGGAAAAGCUCUGGAUCCCACGUCGCCACUCGGGCUCGCCCUGGCAGCCAGAGAGCGUGCCCUACGAGAUGACAGUCGGUUGAGGAGGGGCCCAGAGCGCCCCUUCAUGCGGCAGAUGUCCAGUGUUGUCUUCCCUUCAUCUACGAUCACCUCGCAGCCGGUGUCGUCCUCUGCCCAGUCCUCCAGCUCCUACUUGGUUACUUCCUCUUCUCUGGCCGCCACCACUCCUUCCGUUGGACGGCCACCCUCACCAAGAAUCCUCAGAGGGGGGGUGUGGGCUGAGGAGGGCGCAGGCGGCGGCGAAAGAGAACGAGAAGGUGGCGGCGCUCGCGAGGGACUCAGAGUUCGCUUCUCGGAGGACAAAACGGUCCACACGCACCCUUACCAAUCCCAGCCGUAUCAACCCGGCUUCAAGGAACGAGAGAGGUCAGCGGACCGGGGGAGGGAGGCCUCUCGGGAACAAGAGCGGGAGAAAGAGCAUGAAGCCUACGUGAAGAGAGCUGAACAGUCCGCUAAUGAGCAGGCAUCCCAGCAGCCUCGGCGGCCUUCGUUCCUCAGGAUGGAGAGUCAAACCGACGCUUACAUCUUGUCCCGCACCACUAACUCCACCCUACCAACCAGUUCUCAACAGACGACCAACGUUCCUGGGAACACCGGGUCUGGCAUGAUGGUUCUUCCACCGCCCGCCCCUUCGGUGGACGCGGACGACGAAUUUGUCUACGCAGACCCCCUCCCACCGCCAUUAGAGUUUGCCAACAGCUUCGACAGGGGAUACUCACAACGCCGGCUUCUCCCCAACCUAACCCAACAGAAGAUACUGCCUCCCCCACCACCUCCACCACCGCCGCCUCCACCUCCGCCCCCGCCCGUCCAAAAAGAACUGUUUGGAAGCACGUUUCCCACCCACACGCCCCUACCUUCGCCCCAGGCGGGUGACUCCACCGCCUCCAGCCUCACGUCUUACGACAGCGAGGUAGCUAACCUGACUCAAUCUGCUCACUCCCCCUCACAGACUUCGCCCAACCCACGUCCUCCUCACUCGCCUUCUAUCUUGCAGCCCACGUCAACAAGCGGACCCCCACCUCCACCCUCGGUGUCGCCACCCCCGCCUCCGGGCGCCUAUCACAGGCCCUUGUCCGUGUCCCAUCCACACCACCUGUACAAUAGCACCCAUGCUCCUGGGCGCUCCUCACCCACUCCCCCGCUCACUGUAACUCCACCCCCUGCCUACCGGGGCCCCGCGGCCCUUUCCUCCACGGCUGUCACCUCCGCCCCUGUGCGGGCCACAGGCUCAUUUGCCAUGACCACAAGCUGUGCCGCCACAACCACCGCUGCUGCCAACACAACAAGCACCUCCACACAGCUCUACCAUGAGCGAACGCACGCCACAUACACUGCCCAUAUCCAGGGCACCCACCACAGGACGGGGGAGCGCCACCGUCCACCCCCCACGGCUAAGAAGGGAGAAUCCCAGGAGACGGUGGUGGACUCGGGCAUAGAAGAGCUGGACAGCCGCAGUAGUAGCGAUCACCACUUAGACAGCAUCUUGGCAAAUGUUCGGGCUGAUAGGUUGUACCGAGGGGAGAGGCGGGGCAACCGGUUAGCGGGUGGAGCAGCAGAAUCGGCGGAACGUGGGGAUUUUCUUGAGUCGUACAUGAGCUACACCGACGGGCAAACUUUCGAGAUGCAGAAUGCCACGGCAGCAGCAUCAACCUACCCGAAAAGCAGCCGGUUCAGGGAGGCAAGUCGAGGGGGCGAGCUCCACCGACAGACAAGCACUGCCCCUGCGUCCUUCCACUCUCACAGGCGAAGGGAUGACCAUGAACAGGAAGAGGAGGGGGCAGAGGAGGGUGCCACGACGGAAGACGAAAGCGGCCAUGACGGAUACGGGAUCAGGGACAUGCAAAAUUUUGGACGUCCUAGCUCACCUUAUUUUGAGCGCCCGCGCACUCCUGAAAUGAAGCCUCUCUGGGGUGAAGGACAAUUGGGCGGUGACACCGGAGGGCAGUUUGGGGCACUUUUAGAAGGGAAGAAGAUUUACCCUCCUGCUUCGAGUAUGAAGCCAAACAUGAUCAAUGACCUGAGCGGCAAACUGCAGCAAAGAACCAAGGACAACUGGAGCAGCCAGAGACCACUGAGCAGACACAGAUUCUCAGAAGAUUCAGCCUCAGCUCUGAGUCCCCCGUUGGCUCGCUCCCCGUCACCGUCGCCAAUCUCUUUAUCGCAACCUUCCCUGUGCCCGUCCCCGACCCCCGCCUCCCAGUACCCCAACUGGGGGCGUUCGCCAUCCCCUCAGCCUCCUGCCCCCUCACAGCCUCCCCGUUCACAUUCCCCACUGUCCCCGACAUCAUAUUCCCCAUAUCCGACUUCCCCCAAGCACAGACCUGUCUAUCGGACCAAAGCACUCGAGUUCCAGUUCAUCCCAAGUCGUGAGUCCCGCAAGGACCCUCACAUGCUCCAGCGCAAGCGGGCACCCAGUCCUCUCAUUUCCCCGUCGGAGAGGCCCAAGUUGGGCCCGCCCCGUCCCUCGUCACUCCCUCUGCUUCCCACUUCGCCCCUGUUCAGUGCCAUGUACGAUCUACGGGGCUCAAUCACCCCACCCUCUCCCGGUAACACGCUUGGGGACCCCUACUUCUCACCCUCGCCACCCCUCUUUGCACCUUCCGGGGCUCCUCCUCCUUCAAACUCCAACUUGGUUGUUUCCCGCUCUCUUUCUCCCACUCACUUCCUGUCCGGGACGUCUUCACCACCCCUGCACCCGCUCCCCCCACCGACCUGUCUGAGCUACCCCCACCUGCCGCCACCAUCCCCGACCAAGCCCUUCGCCUCCAAGCCGCUGCCCUACUGGACCAAGUUCGAUGUGGCCGACUGGCUGGGCUACCUGAAUCUGGCCGAGCACCGUGAGCGCUUCCUGGACAACGAGAUUGAUGGCACCCAUCUGCCCUCGCUCACCAAGGACGACUACCUGGAUUUGGGCGUCACUCGCGUAGGCCACCGCAUGAACAUAGAACGGGCCCUGAGGUCGGUGAUUGACAGGCUCUCCAGCAGCCCCUUCCCCAUGUCGGUGCUCUCACCUCGAGACGAGGGGAGGAUGGAUGACGGGAGUCGCAGUUGAAGUGGCGGUAGAGGAGGAAUUCACUUGAAUAGGUCGGUGCAAGAAGUCGGUGGAUUGACCCAAAAUGUCACGGAAGAUGACGUGGUGUCUCAAAUGGAAUCGCCGGGAUAUGGUAGGACUAACAAAGGGCUCCCCGUAUGUGACCCGUUCAUCCCCAAAUGCCGUUUGGCAGCGCCAUGACAUCACAAUAUCAAAACUGACCAAAGGAAUGGUCCGAAAUCCAAAACAGGAGCCCGAGAAGGUUUUUGGUUGACACUGGAGAAUAAAUCCAGGCUUACCUCAGCGCUGUGAUCGACAUCCGACGUCACUUUUAAUGACAAAUGUACAGACUGGUCACUGUAUCCUGUUGUUGUAGCAUAAACAAGUGCCCAGACCCACAAUAUCAAAAAUGGUACACACACUAUGGAAAGUCCUUUGAGCAUUUGGUCCCUAUCAUACUACUGCAAUGAAUUGUCCAUGUACUAGUAUAUUUUGUCCUUGCUAUUAAGACAAUUCGGCACACGAGAACAACUCUCCAACUUCUGAUGUUACUUUUUUUCCUGCUAUAUGACAUUUCUGUGCACUGGUAGAACAAGCAUGUUACUCACCAGGCAAAACUGUGCACUAGUUAACAAUUUUAUGCUUCUCGUAUUACUAAUGAAGCACUAGAUGUUAACCAGUACAAUCUUAUUAUGUCUUUCUAGUGACAUACAAUUGUAAAAUAGUAAACAGUUUUGCCUCAUUAGUAACAUGCAGUUUGUUGUUCUACUCAUGCACUCAGUCAGUCUACCAGUGCAAGAAAUGUCAUACAAUACUGGAAUGCACUAGAGGAAAAAUCACUGCUAAGACAGUAAUUCUACUAAUUCAACCUAGUCAUUGUAGUAGUGUACCCCACUUGUUCCAUAAGUGUUCCCUUGUCUUUCUACUAACGUGCUGAAUUGUAUUAGUAGAGGCUGCAAAUAGCAUACUAGUACAUACACCAGUCAGGGCGCUAGUAGGAUAUCGAAUAAAAGCCCAAUCUACAGACAAAAACACACUUUCAAGGCAUCCUUAAACAAAAUUUUAUGAGAUGCAUGCAGGUCUUUAUAUACAGUAUACACCGUAUUGGCCCGAAUAUAAGAUGGCCCUGAUUAUAAGACGACCCCUCUUUUUCAAGACUCAAGUUUGAAAAAAUACUUUUUGAACACCAAAUUAUUUUUUAUACAGAAACUAAUGACAGUAUAUCUGAAACAAAUGAUUAUAACAAUAUAUUUGAGAGAAAAAGCAUGUUACUUUGCCUCAUUCAAAUCUUAAUAUCUGAAUAUUUAAAUAUGUAAACUAAAGUGCAAUCACAUUCGUAACUAAAUGGCUUAGUCUAAAAGGCGGCCCAGUGGUUAGCAGGUCGAUUUCACAGUGCAGAGGUACCGGGUUCAAUUCCAGCUCCGGCCUCCCUGUGUGGAGUUUCCACGUUCUCCCCGGGCCUGCGUGGGUUUUCUCCGGGUACUCCGAUUUCCUCCCACGUUCCAAAAACAUGCAUAGCGGGCUGAUUGAACAUACUAAAUUGUCCCUAGGUGUGAGUGUGUGUGCGCAUGGUUAUUCGUUUUUUUUUGCCCUGCGAUGGGCUGGCAACCGGUUCAGGGUUUCCCCCGCCUACUGCCUGAAGACGGCUGGGAUAGGCUCCAGCACCCCCCGCGACCCUAGUUCGGAUUAAGCGGUUCAGAAAAUGGAUGGAUGGAACUUCUCCUCAGCUGCCGGUUAACCUGGCCGAUCUUUGACCCACUUUUCUCCAGAUUGUCGCUACGUUUCUCCAUUUUCUGCUAUCUCUUCAAUUAUUUUCUUCUCUUUUCUUUCUUACCGCUAUUUUUUUAUUUUUCUUCUUCCUGCUACCGCUAUUUUUAUUUUUAUUCUUUGUGACAGGUGUUCGCUUUGGCCUGUGCAGUUAAGUUCAACAUUUGCUUCAAUGAUAUCUGGCGCCAUCUAGCGUCGUGAAUGGGUAUAAUGUCUAGACUCCGAAUAUAAGACGACCCCCACUUUUUCAGCCUUAUUUCAAUGCAAAAAAAUACUGUCUUAUAUUCGGGCCAAUACAGCCAACACACACACACACACACAUACUGUACAUACAGUACAUACAUGCAUAUACACACACCCACACGUAUUAAUAAUAAAUACAGAAGAAGAUUGCAGACUUCCUGUCUGGCAAAGCCACUUCCUGGAUGCAAACUGCCAUGUCCCGCGUUCUUCCUAUCCCGGAGGACUCCUUUUAUUACUCGGAUUCUUCAUACUACAACUUUUUACCAGGUCGGCCGACGGACAUUGUUAGCGGGAAGAAUUAAUUUUGCCGUCGUCCUUACUGUUAUUCCCACAAUACACUUUGAUUACCAGACAAAGUAUUUUUGCAUUCAAGCACAUUUCAUGGUUCUUCCCCCCACCCAUCCUUGGCCACAACCCCGCUUGAAUCCUAUUUUGGAAGUAUCGCACUCAGACGCUAAUGUAACGAGUAAUGCUAAUGACGGAGGGUUUGUUAAAAUGGAGUGGAAAAAAGGGCUGUCUCUAUCUCUCGUUUUACAUCCAAGUUUAUUUUUUGCCUUUUACAGUAAUAUUGUCAUAAUUUGCUGUGACUGGCCAACAACGGAUGUUUGAGAAUAACAAUAAGGACGAAUUAAGUCAAUGUGGUGUUAAGCUCUAUACACAAUCUCUUGUCUUCCAAAUGAAAAGGUACAGUAUUAUGUGUUUAUUAUGUUUAUCAUUAUCACUUCCGCUUUCUAUCCAAUUUGAGCCCUGUGUCAAUUUAUUUUUGACCAGCAUGUUUUAUGCAAAAACACCCUGCUCCCAUCCCCAAAGAGUUGCAGAAGCAUUUUACUCUUCAGACUUUAUCCUCCUGACAAAUCAUUAGAAAACUCAAUUUGUAAACAUUUGGCUCAACUGCAUAGAAAGCUCUUUUUAAUUCUAAUUCUGUUCAGUUAGAUAUUUAAAAAGAAGAAAAAAGUUAUGAACUGUGGAAAUAUAUAUAUGUAUAAUAUAUAUAUAUCACCCACACACAUAUCUAUAUAUACAUACAAUAUGUGUAUGUGACAUGCAUAUACACAUUCCUAUAAACAUAUGAAUAUAGUGUUUUAAGAGACAAAUUAGAAUUAUAAUAAAGAUGAAAAGGUUUUAUUACA